AGACACGAAAUUGCAUCGAUCUCGUUCACAUCCCACUCUUCAUACACACGCACCCGCAAUUGGCUUUCUAACGCGUUGAUAACCUCGCAUGAUAACCUAAACCUAGCCUUUCCGUGUAUCGGUCCCACCGACCUCGAUCUAUCCAUGCUGCUGUUGGCCUCGAUGAUGGUCGCCCGUGCCUAUUCCCCUCCGUCUGCUUGAUCGACCCGCAUAUCCUCUUUUCCACCGGUUUCCCUCCAUUCCAAAUCAGCCGUCAUGUCGAAGUCUGGCAACCUCGCCGCCCUGUCGGCAAUCCUCAGCCCUGGAGAAACGCCCACCAUCUACUACGCGGAGGACCCUCCAUACCUACCUCGAAUUCUUGUCUUCUACUACCCCGUCCAAGCGGUGGGCUCCCUUGCCUCGACCUCGCGCAUUCGAACUACCAUCCUCUCCGCAGCCGGGUUCAAGAGCUAUGGGGCGUUCUCAGUCGCCCCGAACAGCAGUUACUACUCCGCCGUCCACAAAUUACCGGAAGACAAACAACGGGAUGAUGUAUCCCGAGGCAUUGCCUUUGCGCUUUGUCGCUACUUCUCCGAAGUGCCAACUGAGGUCAAGAAUGCCAUUGCUGAAGAGAAUUUACAUCAUGGGAUUGCUCUGAAAUGGGGGCAGACACACGCCGCUCAGGUCACAUGCCGAAUGUGCAAAGUGAUAAACACCGAAGAAAUAGUUGAGGCUCUCCGCCCCUUUUCCAAAGAGAGACCUGCAAGUCCUCAGACACCCACCAGACCUUUAGCUUCGAUCAGAAAGACUCGGCCGUCCUUCCUGCCUACCGAAACUGGCAGUCACAAUGUUGGUCGCGUCAAUCACGCCUUCACACCAUCUAGAAGGAUACCCAGUGGUCACGCAAAACGCUCGCCGUCCAUAUCUACACCGGCAGCACGAAAAGCGAGCUCCACACUUGACCCAAAGUACUCGGUCCAGCAACUUGAGUCACUGCGCUUCAAGAUGUGCGAAUUUGUGGACACUGAAGAUAGAUACAUUACCCGACUUCAAGAAUUAAUCGAACUAGUCACCAACCAGGGUCGUACCCCAAAGUCCCUGAGCUCCAAAUUCUCGAGUUCGCGCAACCAAAAGGCUGUAAAUGCCAUGAUCCAAUUCCCUUCUCUGCUGGACCAGAUCAAGGACUUAAAUCUGGCUUUCCUCGAUGAUGUUGAGACGGCGCUUCACUGUUCCGAAGAUGCUGCUUUGACUUUUCUGGAUUCUGCACAAGCGAAUCCGCAGCUCCUCACCAAUGCCAAAGAUCCUAUGGGUAUCUACAGUUUUGCCAAAGUGCUUCUGAACCACUUCCCGAAAUUUCCCAUGCCCUACCGGCAAUAUCUGGACCUGCAUUCCCAAGUCUCCUCCAAUCUCGAUCAAUUUUUGAAAGAAGGUACCACUUCUAUCCAGCGAGCACCGUCCUUGCUUAUGGAGCCGGCUCAGCGUAUCUCAAGAUAUGGUCUUUACAUCGACACUAUGCUUCCGCAUGUGCCUUCAAAUUUCACCGUCGCAAUACGAACCUUGGAGAAAGCUCGGAAGAUCAUCGCUGAGAUAUGCGAAAUGGAACCUGCAGCUUCAACCAUAUUGGACUCUCUGCGAAUCGAGCAUGAAGCAAAGAAAAAGGGUCUUUCCCCGACCAAAUUGCUCUCAGGCCUGACCCGAUCGAAUGGAACGAUCCGGGAAGCUCCAGCAUUGACGGGCAGUGUCAGGGAGAGAGAAGGGCCUCGCCUUUUCCCUAGCCUAGGUCGCAGCUUGAGUCGGCGCCAGAAGACCCCGAGGCCUGGUCUGUCGGGUAUUUUGUCUGAACAAGAUCCCGAGCAAGUGACCAAUGUACAGUCUCGAACAGACGAGAACAGGCCCCUCACGUCGUCCUCAGUGCUGUCUUUCGGCUCCGUCAAGAGGCCGCCCACGUCAGGGUCUAGUGUCAGUGCCACGAACCGCUCCACCGCAAGCGCCAGUCCAGGUCCCAAUGCCCCUGCCUUAUUGCUGUCAAGCAAGAAACGCAUUGGGACCGCCCCUGCGCCUUCCACAGUCACAGGUAACAUCAUGGCAGCAACCGCUCGCGACGGAGUUCAGAUGCCUACUUGUUCGCAGGUGGGAGGGGUCGAAACUGUGGAACAUUACAAGGCCCAGUUGGUACGGGUGGAGGAAGAGAAUUAUAAGCUCCUUCAGGAAAACGCCGAAUUGAAGAGACUGAUCAGGGAAUGUACCUGCGGUGGUACAGGGCGGCGGUUAUGAUCAGUAUCUCCCAUUGGUGAACAUCUCACUCAUGGAGAAACAGGACCAAGGAAGCCGGCGCACCUGGAAACAAGUGAUAGACGCAAGUUAAUGAGUUAUGACGAUUGGGUUUGGCAUCUCGUGUUUGGAUUCAUGGACACCUUUUCAAAAGCAAAUGUAUUUUUACGAGCUGUACGGCAGGAGGUUGAAGAAUAGAUUACAAGCAGGUCUUUUGCUCCGGCUAGGGAUAUUGAGACACGGCGCUCAAAGCCCAUUAUCUUAGACCGCAGCGAGUGUCCCUUAGGGACCAGAUGAUCAGAGUGAGAGUGCUCGAGUUAUUUGAAUCGACUGGAUGGGAGUUGACCCUAUCUGUUUGUCUGACUGUU